CCCAAGUACGAAGCAGAGCGCGAGUAGUGUCGAAGGAAACCGGUGGUCCUCCUGCUGUGCCGCGCCGUAUCCUAUUCGGUGCGACUUGACUUAGUUCCGUGUCGGCGCAUCGAGUGCUUUUAUCCGGGGUUAGUGAGAGAGAUUUUUACGAGGGUGUGCGGGGUGAGUCGGAGAUUCGCCGAUGCGAUAAAUCGUCGCGUCAUGAGUCGAGUGAUUACAAUAUAAUCCUUGCCCGCAUAUAUCUGUUCAUAGACGCCGCCGCUAAGAUUGAUAACGCGUUUUCAGAUCGCGAUCGAGGAAGAUGGCUGAGGAGCAGCCGAGGUACAAAUUGAUCUACUUUAAUGCACGAGGUCGUGCCGAGCAUAUUCGCUACAUAUUCGCUUACGCGGGCAUCGAUUAUAUUGACGAGAGAAUCACCAACGAUUGCUGGCCUGAGCUUAAAAAAUCGAUGCCUUACGGGAUGCUGCCAGUUCUGGAAAUCAACGGUAAGCCGAUAGCGCAAAGUAACGCCGUGGCACGUUACCUGGCCCGUGAGCAUAAUCUUGCCGGCAAAGACGAGUGGGAAUCGAUGCUCUGCGACGUGCUCGUCGAUACUCUUGGAGAUCUGAAACAAUUCAUUUUUCAAUAUCGUACGGAGGAGGAUCUCUUUAAGAAGGAGGAGAAGAAGGCGAAACUACUGAAGGAAACGAUACCGUUUUACCUGAAUAAAUUCGAACAAACGGUCGCCGAGAACGGUGGUUACGCGGUCGGCUCUACGACUACGUGGGCGGACUUUGUGUUCACGGUGGCGUUGGAAAACUUUGAGAACAUUUUCGGUGCAACCGCUUUAGAGAAUUAUCCGGCAUUACGCGGCUUGAAGAAACGAGUGCACGAAAUUUCCGCAAUCGCCGACUGGCUGGCCAGACGACCUCAUUCCGAGUUCUAAAAUGUCGUUUCGACGACGGAAACUGAAAGGUGGCAUCGACAUCAUAAACAAGUAUACAUAUCCGCGCAUGUAUGUAACUCUUGUUGUCCCUGCGACAACGAGUCUCAAUAUCUCGCGUGUAAAAUCGAUAUUAAUCGUAUCAUACUAAGCGAUACCUUUAUUAGAACUAUUCUUUUCGCGCGCGGAUGCAUUAUUUUUCUUUUGCUUUCUAUAUCCGAAAUAAUGCUUAAAAUUUUGUUCGCUAAUUUUCGAACAAUUUGAAUUUCGGAUCUUAAAUUGUUCAGAUCUUUCGCGAUACCGAUUUAUUUUUCCUCAUAUCUGCUUUAAAAAUGUAAUAUUAUACAUGCCUACUCUAGAUAGAGAAAAGAAUAUUACCUAUAUUGUGUAUUUUUCAAAUAAAAGCCGCAUAAUUUCCUUCACUAUUUGAAGGAAAACCACAGAUUUCUAUAUUAUAUCUAGACUGCUAACAGCGAUGUGACAGGCAGCCAUUUAUUGAACAGAAUAGAAUCAGGCUGUCAAUCAAUAUUUAUUUUUGAAGGGAAAUAUUUAAUAUAACUUUUAUAUUAAAUAUAUACAAAACCUUUAUAUUAAUAUUGCAACUUUCCCUUCAAAAACAAAUAUUGAUUGACAGCCUGGUUAUAUUCUACUCAAUUGUAAAUGGUUGUCCUGACUUCACCUGUCACAUCGCUGUCAGCAGUCUAGUAUAUAUAUAGAAGCCUGUGACGAAAAUAAAAAAGAUUUUUCAAAAAUACUGUCGUUUUUAUCUUAUUAUCAAUUUAUCUUAGAUCUUAGAAGAUAAUUUUGUCACGUAUGCGAGUUAAAAUCUUAUACAGGUCGUUGGUCAAUUUUAAAUUGUUUACUGUACUUAUUUUCGUGUGUGACGAGACGAAAUUAUACGAAAAAUACACAAAAGAUUAUUAUCGGAAUGGAUGUCUAGAUAAAGCUUGUUCAAUGUGUUCAUUACAACGUGCUUUAUGCAUCGUACAUGUGUGUGAAUGGUAUAUUACUAAUACACAUACAACUUACAUGUUGCCGACAUCGAGAGAGAUUAAGUAUUAGAUAGAUAAAUGUCUCUCGAACAAAUCCCGCGUCUCUCGCUAUAUAAUCGAUAUCGCUUUUAUGUUACACAGAGUAUCAGACUAUACUGUCCCUUGUUUGUUUUGACGAAAUGCAUCUAUCGGAAUAUAUCGAGUACCAUACAGGGUAAUACUAUGUAUUAUAUGUGUGCAAAAAAAGAGACAACAAAAAAAUAUAUCGAACGACGCGCAAAGCGAUCAGUAAAUUUCUUCAAAAAGAACCAUAUGCAUCAAAAGGAAUAUAGUCGAUAAGAUUUAUUGUAAUAAAAGUUUAAAGGUAAUUUAAUGUGCAAUCCCUCAUUUUUAUUGAUAAGAACGUAUAUAGAUAUAUAUAUAGAUAUGAGACUUUAUGAAUGUACUCUAUAAGAGAUAUUAAUGCAACGUCGUUUUUAAAUAUGAUAAUGAAUGAGAAAACACAAUGCUUCUCUAAAAUCUAUUUCACCGAUCGUGUGAAAAAGGCAGCGAAGAUAAGAUAAUAGACUUUCUACAGUGUGCUACAAUAAAAAUAAUAAAGAGCUUCGUGCUUUCGUUGACGCUUCAUCAAUGAUGUAUUCGAUUAUAUAUACGACAACAUAGUCAAUUGUAAUUACGAGAAACAAUAUCUUUUUUUUAGAAGAGAGAAUACUGUAAUAUUAUAAUAAGCGUGAAUGUAUGUACAAUAUUAUAUAUAAUGUUAAGUGUGUGUAUGUGUGUAACGCAUUAAAGCGUAUUGAGGUUAUAUAUGAUGUAAUAUAAAUGUUAUUGUGGUUACAGGAGACGGUACGACUGAUAAUAAUACUGUAAUAAAAAAGAAGCAUA